AUGAGUGAAAGCAGUAAACGUGAGUUACGCUCACGUUCGAAUAAGAAAAUAAAAUCAACGACAACAACAACAACAACUAAGGAAACAAAGACAGAGGUUAACACUGUGAGAGCACAGGACUUACUCGGUGAGCCAAAUGCUUUUACAUUAUCGCUCAACACAGCCUUCCGAAUCCUAUUUAUCAUUCGCUGUUUUUCUGCUUUAUAUCGUAUUCUUGAUGACUGUGACGAGGUUUACAACUAUUGGGAGCCUACUCACUACCUGUUGGAAGGUUAUGGACGUCAGACUUGGGAAUAUUCGACAGAUUACAAGAUCAGAAGCUGGGCAUAUAUCCUUGUUCACGCUGUUGUUGGAUUUUUAUCCAAGAUUAUUGCUCCAACCAAGGUCCAAGUAUUUUACCUCAUUCGACUCGCAUUGGCAGGCGUCUCUUCCUUUGUAGAGGCCAAAUUUUAUCGCACGGUCACUGAAGAAAUCAAUCCUCACGUCGGACGUUAUGUCUUUGCGAUCUUAUUUUUUGGUGCUGGUAUGUUCAAUGCAUCCACAGCUUAUUUGCCUUCCAGUUUUGCCAUGUAUUGUGUCUUUAUGGCUUACUCAUAUGCACUCAGACCUGUUUCAGAUAUUGACCCUACACGCACCUACAGAGUGGUCUUUUGGAUUGGAUUAGGUGCUUUGGCUGGUUGGCCAUUUGCUGCUCUGAUUGGCAUUCCAUUUGCUAUGGAAGAAGUGCUCAUCUUUGGACGUGAUACGAUGAAGAAGGCAGAUGGCACCGUUGUUCGAUCCAUUGGUGGAUCUCGUUGGAGAUUGAGACGAAUCGUUCGAUUGUUUGAGGCUGCUCUCUUGAUUGGCCUCGGAUUAACGGUCUUGCUUGUACUCAUGGACCAAAUGAUCUAUCGUCAAUAUACCAUUGUCGCCUGGAAUAUCAUCAAAUACAACAUAUUCUCUGAUGGCAGAGGGCCAGAACUCUAUGGCACUGAGCCUUGGUAUUACUACAUUCUCAAUGGAUUUUUGAAUUUUAAUAUCGUAUUUUUACUCGCAAUUGGAUCUGCAAUCUGUGUGCUUAUUACAGCCAUUAUCGAUCGUAACCGUGUCCCGGGCAGGACCAAGAUGGAUCAAAUCUGGCCUUAUGUCGUCCUCGGCUUGAAACUGAUCCCAUUUUAUAUCUGGUUCAUCACGUUCAGUCUACAAGCACAUAAAGAGGAACGAUUCAUGUACGUAGCCUACCCUCUGAUGGCUCUCAAUGCAGCCAUCUCGAUUUACUUGAUCCGUACCUGGACCAGUCGAUUCGCCGGUCUUUUAGGCGCUAACGUACAUACUCGAGUGACCGUGCUGAGAUACACGUCCUUUGGUAUCCUUAGCGUAUACGCUCUCUUGUCCGUCUCUCGCAUCCUGGCGCUCUUGACGCGCUAUCGUGCACCUUUUGCGAUCUACAGCUCUAUUUGGGACGAACAACCUGACGAUCAACUCGUAAACUUGAACUACCUACAAGAGGACUAUCCCAACGACAUCGAGAUCAAGGAAAAAACCGUGUGUAUCGGUAAGGAAUGGUUCCGCUUUCCAUCUCAGUUCUUCUUGCCCAGCGACACCCGUGUACAGUUUAUCAAGAGCGGAUUCCAUGGUCAGCUGCCCAAAUCCUUUGAGGAAGACUUUACGGUCGACAGCUAUGAAGAUGAAGGAAAACUCAAGUUUUAUAGACGCAGGCGGUACGCCUGGGCAGGUGCUCGUCAGGCACCACAAGGGUUCAAUGAUAUCAACAUGGAGGAUCCAAGCGUCUAUGUGGACGAACAAGCGUGCGAUUACCUUGUCGACGUUGAUUUUCCUCUUCAUCUAGAAGAAUCUAGUUCUGUCAAGGAUACCGCUCAUUGGGAGGUUAUGACAUGUCAUCCUUUCAUUGACGCUCAAAAUUCACAUCGUCUCUCCAGAGCAUUCUGGGUCCCUGGUUCGCCUGGAUUGGCAUGGGGCAACUACUGCAUGUUGAAACGCAAGUCAUGA